AUGCAUACCUGCAGUGAUGCUGCCACCUGCACAGUUGCUGGAAGCAUGCAUGCUCUGUACGCGUCUGUGCUGCUCUGUUCCCUCCUGCUCGGCUUCCUGCCUCCUACAGGAGCAGAGGAGAGCGAGGCGGCCGGCAGGAGGGAGGACAGGGAGAAGCGAAGCCUGCCCUACUGGGGCCUGUGGUCGUCUGACUUUUUCGGGUGGCUGGAGGAGCUGCGAGCUCGGGCGGCUCACGAGGGGAUGGAGGACCUGGCUCGGACCUUCUGGGCUCACUUCCCCGGCGGCAACGAGCUGGGCUACGACAGUCCAGAGUCUGACCCUCAACCUGAGGAGUAA